AUGCAGCAAAACUUUCAGGACUCAUUAGCCUUGUGCAAGGAAUAUGGCCAUCCAGAUUUGUUCAUUACAUUUACUUGCAACCCCAAGUGGCUAGAAAUACAACGUGCUCUUGCAGAUGCAGGUUGUGGUGACGCAUCUGUUCGGCCAGACCUUGUCGCUCGUGUUUUUAAUAUGAAGCUUGAUGCCAUGAUGUGUGAUUUGACGAAAAAGGAUGCGUUGGGCCGAGCACUCGCAGUUGUAUACACAAUCGAAUUCCAAAAGCGUAGCCUGCCCCAUGCUCACAUUGUCCUCUGGCUAGCUGAGGGUGACAAGUUAAUGUCUUCCGAGGAAAUUGAUUCCAUCAUAAGCGCUGAAUUGCCUGAUAAAGAGGCAGAUCUAGUUGCCUACGAAGCUGUUUCUCAGCUUAUGAUGCACGGGCCGUGUGGAGAGGCCAAUCCAGAGUGUCCAUGCAUGGUAAAUGGAAAAUGCACAAAAUAUUACCCUAGGCAUUACACAAAUACCACUACAAUGGAUUCAGAUGGAUAUGUUUUAUACCGGAGGAGAGAUUCAGGCCGGACAGUGGAAUGUAACAAUAUCCACUUGGACAACAGACAUGUGGUGCCUUACAACCGCGGCUUACUUGUCAAGUAUCAGGCACACGUCAAUGUGAAACGGUGUAAUCGAUCACAAUCAAUUAAAUAUCUCUUCGAAUAUAUUGGAAAGGGUCCUGACAAGGCCACAGUGGUGAUGGAAUGCUCAGAUGGACGCUCUCAUGGUGUAAAUGCCUCGACAUCUGCACCCCAAGAGAACCAUGUAGAUGAGGUCAAAAAUUACCUCUCAUGUAGUUAUGUGUCUUCAGCCGAGUCAUGUUGGAGAAUAUUUGAAUUUCCAAUCCAUCAUAGACAGCCAUUUGUACAACGAUUAUUCUUCCAUCUUGAAGAUGAACAGGAAGUUACAUUUCGUGAUGAUGAAAGCCUUCCACAAAUUCUAGGCAGAUCUAGGCUAGAUAGAACGAUGUUCAUUCAGUGGUUAUUGAAUAACCGUCGGGAUCCAACAGGGCGUCAUCUGACCUUCGUGAAAUAUCCCACAAAAUAUCGUUGGGAUAGCUCUGGUAAAUUCUGGGCUAGGCGUCGGCAAAAUGUGAAUGUUGUGGGCCGUAUGGUCUAUGCUCACCCAGCUAGUGGUGAGAAGUUUUAUAUGCGCCUCCUCUUGAACCUCAUAACUGGCGCAACCACAUUUGAAGACAUUCGAACUUUUGAUGGGAUUGUUUACCCCACAUACAGGGAGGCGUGCUUCCAUAGAGGUCUGCUAGAAUCUGACAAUGAAUGGCAUGUUGCAUUAGAUGAGGCUUCACAUUAUGCAACUGCUCCACAACUUAGAGAGCUAUUUGUCGUUAUGUUGAUAUACUGUGAGAUCAGCAACCCAUCAGAACUUUGGGAUAAACAUUGGGCUGAUCUUGCCGAUGAUGUGCAAUAUACGCAGCGGAGAUUGCUAAAUUUGUACACGCUUGUUAUUGCUGAUUGUGAUAAGAAAACACUCGCGCUAGAGGCAAUUAACACCUUGCUUAAUCAACAUGGAAAAUCAUUGGCAGACUUUCCUGGACUCCUUAAAGUGAAUAGAUAUGCGGCACAUAAGUUCAGAAACCAGCUUCUAUUAGAAGAGAUGAUGUAUGAUUGUCAAUCAUUGAAAAUACAUGCAGCUGAACGCAUCGAGAGCCUUAACCACAUGCAGCGUGUAAUAUUUGAAGAGGUAGUCCAAUCAGUCGCUUCAAAUAUAGGUGGGUUUUAUUUUAUUUAUGGUCAUGGUGGUACGGGCAAAACAUACUUGUGGUCAACUAUACUGUGUAAGCUUAGGAGUGAAGGUCAUAUAGUCCUUGUCGUCGCAACAUCAGGCAUUACAGCACUUCUUAUCGAGGGUGGUAGGACAGCCCAUUCUUGUUUUAGGAUUCCAAUAGACAUAAAUGAAAACAGUACAUGUGAAAUUAAAAAGAAUACCCAUCUUGCUGAGUUGAUAUGUAAAGCGAGCCUUAUUAUAUGGGAUGAGGCACCAAUGACACACCGCUUUAUCUUCGAAGCCGUAGAUUGA